GCACUCGCUAAGACGCGCUAAUGAAUCAUUAGCGCAACUUCACCACAAGGUUGCAUUGGGCGACUUUUUUACUCGCUUUGAUAAUUUCUACAACGACUUUCCCAUGUAAACGCGACGUGCACUUUCAACCUCGUUUACAACUGUGGUAGCCAAACAGCCAUGGCCGUGGAUUUUAGUCGGCUAACGGUGGUUGAAUUGCGCCAGGAGUUGAAGCGCAGAAACCUCCCGCAAACUGGAAAAAAAGCGGAUUUGGUUGAUCGCUUAGUCGCCUUUGAGAAUGAACAAGCAACCCAAGAACCUCUCGGCGACGGUGCUCAGAGCUACAAUACCCCCGAGCCCGCUGCGAGCGCUUCGCAACACCCAAUCGCGGAAGGCAAUGCGGAAGGCGAUCUAGCCGGCACGGCCGCGAACAAUUCUGUACCUCCCGCAGCAGCAUCAAACAUAUCCCCCGACCCCAAUUCGGUUGCUGAAACCAGGCAAGACGAGGUCGCUGAUUCCGCCAAUGUCGAGCCCGCCGCUACUGUCACAGAAAUCGUUAACGACGCUGUGAGCCGGAAGCGGAGGUCACGAAGCCCACCGCCCCUCGAGCACGAUUCUUCCACAAAACGAGCGCGUCCAAACGACCAAAUCGGUAGCGAUUCCGCUCCGGCCUAUGAUGAAGCAGUUUCUUCCCACGAGGCUCCCAUCACCAAGGACGCUCCCCCCGAACCUAUCCAACAGGAUUACCCGGAGGCUCCUCAAGGUUACGGCAGAGUCAUUGACGGUGCUGACGCUGGAACAAGCCAAGAAGAGCAACCCACAUAUAACCAAGAGUCUGACCUGGGCAAGGACCACGACAUUCCUCAGCCCACCUUUCAAAAUCGGGAAGACAAAAUCGUGGAUGAGCCUGCGAAUGAGCCAGCGCGUGAGGCAACGACUGGCUACGACAGAGACGUUCCGCCAUCGCAACAUCCCGCUACAUCUGCCCUUUACAUCAAAAACUUCAUGCGACCUCUGAGGGAAUCCAUGCUGCGAGACUACCUGAUUGAACUUGCCGCAGCCCCAGGUGCCGACUUGGAUCCAGACUGCCUGGUCGAUUUUUACCUUGACCAGAUUCGAACCCAUGCCUUUGUGCAAUUCACAAGCGUAUCGUCAGCUUCCAGAGUCCGGACUGCCCUGCACGGAACUGUUUGGCCCAACGAGCGCAAUAGAAAGGAACUCUGGGUCGAUUUUAUCCCCUCCAACAAGGUCGCGGAGUGGGCCGACCGCGAGCAAUCAGAGGGCGGACGAGGGUCGUCGAGUCGUUGGGAAGUCCGGUACGAGCCUGAUGAGGACGGCAACAUCUUAGCUACACUGGUGAAUGCGGAGGCAGAACCCGUUCGCCGCAACAGCAGACAAGCUCCGGGCCCGCCGCCAGUCCCAACUGGUCCCGCUCGCAGCAACUAUCCCACUGUUGAAGGCGCGCCAUCUGGUCCUCGCGGCCGAGGAGGAAACCACUACCGCCAGCCGCCGCCUCCCAUGGGCGACUCAGGAGGUGAGCGGAUGGUGACGCGGGCCAACCCGCCCUUGCAGUACAAACCCGUCCUGGAAGAGCUUGCCCAGCGUCGUCUGGCAAACAUGCUCUCAUACUACACCAAGGACAGGCACAGAGAUCUUGGCCGCGAGGACGAGAUUAACCGGUAUACCUUUGAGAACGGCGACGCCUUCGUCGAUCGCGGCAAAGAAGUCUUCAUCGGCAUCCGCCCUCCCCACCGCGAGCGCGAGCGUCGCAGGCUUGGUCUUGGGCGCAACAAUCGCCCGGGCGCGCCCAAGCCCCCUUCGCCACCAAGGCGGGACCGCGAUGAAGGGCGCCGUUACGAUCGCGAUCGUCGCGAUGACCGUGACCGCGACCGCCGUGAUUACCGCCGGGAGCGCGACAUCGUGCCCCGUUCGCGUUUCGACGGCCAGCCACUUCCUACAUAUAACGGUCCCCGCGGAGGCGGCAGACGUGGCGGCGGAGGCGGAAGGCGCGAUCGCUACUAGGCGAUUACGGAAAAUUUGUCGCGCCGGAUUUAACGUAUUGGCGCCGCGCCCAUUCCAUCCAUGAGCUAAGUCGCAAACUACCUAUUUCUGCGGCCACUAAAUCAUCGAAUCUUGACGCAUUCCGC